GUGCCUGUGGGCUGUGUGUACUGUUGGAGGAAACACAGCACCAUCUCUGUGGACCUACCAGUCCCACCAAGCAGUUGGACCAGUUGCAGUUGAGCCGACUCCAACUCAUGGUGACUAAAUGUGUGUCCGAGUAGAACUGGGCUCCAUGGGAUUUUCAAUGGCUGUUUUUUCAGAAGGAGUUCGCCAGGCCUUUCUUCUCAGGCACCUCAGGGUGGACUCAAACCUCCAACCUUUCGGUUAGCAGCAGAGUGCGUCAACUAUUUGCUCCAGCAAGAAGUGAGCCAUAGCUGGAAGCUGUUCUUGUGCCAAUGACCCUUCCAAAUUCCUCCCGUGUCAUAGAAGACAAGAUGUGUGAGGGGAACAAGACCACCACAGACAGCCCUCAACUGAUGCCCCUGGUAGUGGUCUUGAGCAGCAUCUCCUUGGUCACGGUGGGGCUCAACCUGCUGGUCCUAUAUGCCAUCCGGAAUGAGCGGAAGCUGCAUACUGUGGGGAACCUCUACAUUGUCAGCCUCUCAGUGGCAGACCUGAUCGUGGGAGCUGUCGUCAUGCCCAUGAACAUCAUCUACCUCCACAGGUCCAAGUGGUCCCUGGGCCGGCCUCUCUGCCUCUUUUGGCUGUCCAUGGACUACGUGGCCAGCACAGCAUCUAUUUUCAGUGUCUUCAUCUUGUGCAUCGACCGCUACCGCUCUGUCCAGCAGCCCCUCAGGUACCUGCGGUAUCGUACCAAGACUCGAGCAUCAGCUACCAUCAUGGGUGCCUGGUUUCUCUCCUUCCUGUGGAUUAUCCCCAUUCUAGGCUGGCAUCGUUUUAUAUCAGGGGGCUCGAAGUACCAGCAGGACAAGUGUGAGACAGACUUCUACGAUGUCACCUGGUUCAAGAUCAUGACCGCCAUCAUCAACUUCUACCUGCCUACCUUGCUCAUGCUCUGGUUCUAUGCCAAGAUCUACAAGGCCGUGCAGCAACAUUGUCAGCACCGGGAGCUCACUGAUGGAUCCCUCCCUUCCUUCUCAGAAAUUAGGCAGAGGCCAGAGAAUCCCAAGGUCGGUGCCAAGAAACCAGGGAGAGAGUCCUUCAGCGAGGUUCUGAAAAGGAAGUGUAAAGAUGCCAGUGGUGGACCUGCCUUGAAGCCACCAUCCCAAGACCCAGGGGAGAUGAAAUCCCCAGUUGUCUUCAGCCAAGAGGAGGAUGGAGAAGUGGCCAAACUCCACGGCUUCCCACUUAACGUGGUGCCGAUUCAGACCAUGGUGGAGGAGGGUGGCAGGGAGUAUGUAGCCAUCAACCAGACCCAGCUUGAGAUAGACAAGCAGGGCCUGAACACACAUGGGGCUGGCAAGACAUCAGAGGACCAGACCCUAGGUAAAAGCCAGCCCUUUUCCAAAGCAGACUUAAAUACCCACACUGAGCCAGCAUCAGGGAAAGGCAAAUUGAAAAGUGGGCCUGGCACAAGCCUGGAUUAUAUCAAGUUCACGUGGAAGAGACUUCGAUCACAUUCAAGACAGUUUGUGUCUGGGUUGCACGUGAACCGUGAAAGGAAGGCAGCCAAACAAUUGGGUUUUAUCAUGGCAGCCUUCAUCAUUUGCUGGACUCCCUACUUCAUCUUCUUCAUGGUAAUUGCCUUCUGCGAGAGCUGCUUCAGUGAACGAGCACACAUGUUUACCAUCUGGCUGGGCUAUAUCAACUCCACGCUGAACCCCCUCAUCUAUCCCUUGUGCAAUGAGAACUUCAAAAAGACAUUCAAGAAAAUUCUGCACAUUCACUGCUAAACAGGGUUCUGAUGGGCUGCAACAAAGGGAUGCCGAUGGUGUCCUAGAAGGCAAUGGAGGAUAAAGGCCUGUGUGUUGCCAGGCCUCUGGGCUUCCUAGAGUCAAACAACAGUCUUAGGCGCUAGGUCCUUUGGGAAGUUCUUAUGCACCAUUGGAAGAACUGCAGAUGGUGGUGGUCAGCAGAGACAUUGUACUCUAAGUAGAAAGCAGCGUCUCUCCAAGAGAAUCAGACCUGGAUGGAACUCUCCUUUUCCUCAGGAGAUUUGGGAGCCUCAGACUGUACUUUCAAGUUUUCAGACUUGAAUUAAUUAGCAACCCAAGGGACAUGUGGGUAGAGCUUCACUGGAGCGUUAGCCAGAACUCUAGAUCUUUCCUGGAAUGGAGCUGAUGACUGUGCAGAGAAUUACAUACACGCAGACAGAUGGUGUUCCUUCGAAGGGGUCACCUUGAGAGGCAGGACAGCUGUCCCUCUGUGGCUGCCACUUGUCAGGACACCUCUCUUCUGAGCCUCUUUUACAACUUUCUCCAGAGCCAGUAUCUCAAUUGCCCUGGAAAUUCUGCCUUAUUAUUUCUCACUCACGCAUGUCUUAGAGUAGGAAAUUAUGCAGCUUGAACAGCUAUCAUUUUCAACCCCAAAUUCCUUUUGGCUCUGAAAAAUAUAAUGAUAAAAGCUGCCCUCAAAAGAAAGAGAAAAAGGAAAAUGGUUACACAAUCAAAACAAAAAAGGGAAUAGGGGCAAGAAAGCUUUAUUUCUUGAAGGCUGUACCAGGUUUGGAGUCCCUGGGGGGUGCAAAUGGUUAAUGUGUUUGGCUGCUAAACGUUGGCAGUUUGAUUCCACCCAGAGAUGUUGGAAGAAAGCCUUGGCAAUCUACUUCUGAAAAAUCGUCAUUGAAAACCCUGUGGAGCAUAGUUCUACUCUGACAUGGAGUUGUCGUGAGUUAGACUUGACUCAAUGGCAACUGGUUUAACUGGUACCAUGUUUAUCUUCUUUAAACCCCACAGCACCCCACAACAGGAGGGUGUUGUUAUAGGCUCCACCAAAUCGAGGUGCAGCAAGUUUCAGUAAGUUGCCUAAGGUCACAUAGCUAGUUAUACAGGGGAGCUAGGAUAAAAACCCUGUCUGGUACCCCAUUUUCUCCAAAAGGCAGAGAUUGGUUCUCCUAAGUACAAAUACAUGCACACGCACACAUUCCCAAGAGUAGUGGCAAUUCUUGAAAAAAUAAGUUGGGAGGAAAACCAGCUGACAUAGAAUAAGCUUGUGGCCGCAGAAGGUGACUACUAUUUACUGGUGAGUUCUGUUUAAAAAAGUGGCCAUGUUCUUUUACAGUCAGCCUUCUUAAGCAAAAACUAAUAAGGCAUGAGAACAUACAGUUUUAUUUGGUGUUUGUGUUGCAAUCUGGUGGUGAUCUAUAUUUUAAAACUUGAGGCUAGACUGUAAUAUGUGUAGCAAAUGGGAGUGCCUGUACAAGCUAGUAUUUUGAAUCUUGUGUUACUGUUUGCAUGAUCUGUUAAAAUGAGACCUUUUUACCUACCUAAAUAUGAUGUUUGAAACUACAAUGUUAAGUGAUUUCUUUCUUUUUAACUUUGGAGUCUCUUGGACUGAGAAGAUACAUUCAAAUGUAGUAUCAACUGUUACAAGAUUUGAUAUAGCGUUUCUCUCCCAUUUCUGUUUGCAUUUGUAAAUAGCUUUAGAA